UAAAUUGUUUCACCGUGAAGUUAAAUAAAAAAAUUGUGUUUGUUUAAGGUGUGAAUAAUAACGGUUUAUUUGGGUUGGUUGUAAUUUUUUUUUCAGACAGUCAUAUAUUGUCAAUCUCGAAAUUCGCCAUAAAAUACCAAUUAAAUGCAUUUGUGUCUAUGUGUGUGUGUGUUUACCGUUAUUGUUUGUACCAUAAAUUUCACUUGAAUAUGGGAAUACAUUAAAACGGCGUCUUCGUUACAAUCAGUGUCAACAACGAUGAAUCUACAACGAUAAUAAAAGCAGAAACGCUUGAACGCCAACCAACAACAAUAUAAAACGCGACUUUAAGGCAGCAAUGUCCUUCAGGUGCAACGGCGACAUUAAGCGAAACAUACCACGAAUGUUGCUGUAAGCUGCUUGUUGCGCCAACUGUCCUUCAGUGUCGCAAUUGCUUGUCAAGAGUACACUCAGUAUAUGACACCCUGAGCACACAAUAGUAAAAUUUUAAAUGACAAGUAUUUGCAAGAAAAUCCUACCGCUCACAUCACCAUCAUAUCGCCCGAGUAAUGCCAAAGCCACGACAAAAACGUCACUGGCAUUGGCUGAAAACGGGCCAAUUAUACCGUCUCACACUUAUUGUGACAUCAAUAUGUAUACCACUUUGCAGCAGUGCUUCCGGCACGACGAGCUACUUAACCACUGAGAUAUAUAACACUCCUAAGAGCAACAACAACAGCACCAGAAGCCAACUGCAUACACCAAGGAAACAAAAAAGCCUUACAAAAUCACAGGAGCUAGAACAACAGAACUUACAGGCAACCCAAAUCAAACUAACCAACACGCACCAAAGCAAACAUAAACUUAGUCUCCAACCAAACCACAGUCAUGAAAGUGCGCCAACUGAACAUGCUGUCUUGGCACAGACAAGAAACCGUCCCAACGUCGAGCUUAAUUUGCCUACGCCUCCGCUUGAAACAAGUAGUGAUGAUGAUGUGGCAUACGGUACAAAAACAAAGGUGGAAAAGCAUACGCAUGUAGCAUAUGGUCUACAACAAACACCGACCCACCACGCCACACUCGUAAAAGUACAAAACGUAAGCGGCGGUAUUCAGCCCGACACGCAGACUGUGGAGAAAAUAAACUUUAGCCGCAGCUCGACGAGAAUUUCAGCCAAUUGGCCUCAAAACAAUUUGAAGGUUAAUCAAGUGUUUGAAAGUCAACGUCGCAUGACGACAGCAGAAAUUAGGCGCAACAGCCGGCGAAUUGUUUUGCUUGGUCUAUUCGAGCUUUCCAACCGACAGGGACAACGUUUAGAUGGCUGGAGUGAAUUGAGCGCGGCACAAAUGGCCGUAGAACAUAUCAAUAGCAAGAAAAUUUUACCCGACUACACACUGGAGCUCUUGACUAACGACACACAGUGUGAUCCCGGUGUUGGAGUUGAUCGAUUUUUUCAUGCCAUUUACACGCAACCUGACACACGUAUGAUUAUGCUGCUGGGCUCCGCCUGCUCGGAGGUGACUGAAAGCUUAGCCAAAGUGGUGCCGCACUGGAGUAUUGUGCAGGUUUCGUUUGGUUCCACUUCACCAGCGCUCAGUGACCGCAUGGAAUUCCCCAACUUUUACCGUACCGUCGCACCAGACUCAUCGCACAAUCCCGCGCGUAUUGCUUUCAUACGCUUCUUCGGUUGGGAUACCGUUACCACAUUUUCCCAGAACGAAGAAGUCCACUCAUUGGCUGUCAAUGAUUUAGUAACUGAACUGGAGGCAGCAAAUAUCUCCUGUGCGGCAACCAUUACAUUUGCGGCGACAGAUUUCAAGGAGCAACUAUUACUGCUACGAGAGACAGAUACCCGCAUUAUUAUCGGCAGCUUCUCGCAGGACUUAGCACCACAAGUACUUUGCGAAGCGUUUCGGUUACGCAUGUUCGGCGCGGAUUACGCCUGGAUAUUGCACGAGAGCAUGGGCGCGCCAUGGUGGAACGACAUAUCGGCCACUGGAACCAAUUGUACGCCGAAGGAACUGCAGGACGCCGUCGAGAAUUUGAUUAUCAUUGCCAGUCACAAUAGGAUUGUGGGAAAUAAGACCAGCUACAGUGGAUUGAGCAAUGAAAUGUUCUUGUCCGAAUUACGUCAAAGGGCUAAUGGUUUGCUUGAUAACGGCAGUGUUAAUAAACAACGAAAAUCGAAUGCGGCACGUACUCAGAAUUCAUUAAGAGAUAAAGCAUUGAACACUAACGACAUACCCACCCUAAACGCUAUAGCCGUAUCGACUUAUGCACCUCAAACGUAUGACGCGGUUUGGGCAAUCGCUUUAGCAUUACGAGCUGCCGAAGAACGCUGGCAAAAGUUGGGUUUGCAAUCAAAACUCAAUCAAUUCGAUUAUGUGCGAGCGGAUAUGGCGCGGGAAUUCCUUCAACAGAUGGCGAAAUUGGAUUUUCUGGGAGUGUCGGGUCCAGUUUCCUUUAGUGGCCCGGAUCGCAUUGGCACAACGGCUUUCUAUCAAAUACAAAAUGGCACACUCGCGCUCGUUGCCCUCUACUAUCCAGCAGUCAGCCGUUUGGAUUUUCACUGCCCCCAUUGCCGUGCGGUGCGCUGGCAUACCGGCCAAGUGCCCAUCGCCAGACGAAUUUUCAAAAUGCGCGUCGCCACUAUCGCGACGAGCGCCUUUUAUACGAUAGCCACUCUAUCGGUUGUCGGCAUCAUAUUAGCCAUAGCUUUUCUCGCCUUUACGUUGCACUUUCGAAAAAUGAAAGCUAUUAAGCUUUCUAGCCCCAAACUGAGUAAUAUUUCUGCAGUUGGCUGCGUUUGUGUGUAUGUCGCAGUAAUUUUGCUUGGACUGGACUAUUCCACGCUACCCACUCCGGAGACUUCAUAUUCUAAUGUUUGCACGGCACGUGUUUAUUUGCUCUGCGCUGGCUUUUCGCUGGCAUUCGGUUCGAUGUUUGCCAAAACAUAUCGUGUUCACCGCAUUUUCACACGCACCGGCAGUGUAUUCAAGGACAAAAUGCUACAGGACGCGCAACUUAUAAUGUUGGUAUGUAUACUGUUGGUGGUCGACGCGCUCCUCGUCACCCUCUGGGUGUUCGUCGAUCCGAUGGAGAGGCAUUUGCACAAUUUGACGUUGGAAAUCAGCAGCAUCGACCGAAGCGUCGUCUAUCAGCCACAGGUCGAAGUUUGUCGCUCGCAACACACUCAAGGUUGGCUGGGCGCUUUAUAUGCCUACAAAGGCCUGUUGCUUGUGGUUGGCGUGUAUAUGGCUUGGGAAACGCGUCAUGUGACCAUACCUGCACUCAACGAUUCGCAGUACAUUGGUGUAUCUGUGUAUCUCGUAGUAAUUACAAGCGCUAUAGUUGUGGUUUUAGCCAACUUGAUUUCAGAACGAGUGACACUAGCGUUCAUAACUAUAACCUCACUGAUACUGGCAUCAACAACGGCAACAUUGUGUUUGUCAUUUAUACCGAAACUUCACGAUAUUUGGGGACGAAAUGUUAUUGUCGAUCCAGUGAUCCACAGCAUGGGUUUAAAGAUGGAGUGCAACACGCGACGAUUUGUUAUAGACGAUAGACGAGAGCUACAAUACCGCGUAGAGGUACAAAAUCGCGUCUAUAAGAAAGAAAUAGCCGCACUAGAUCAAGAGAUACGAAAGCUUGAACGUAUUCUUGAAUUUGGCACUGCGUCAUCAGCUACAUCUUCUUCCUCGUUAGUGGGAGGACAACAAAGGCCUGAGUUAACAGUUACCAGUGAUACUUCUAUAUUUAUGCAUCCAUCGUCACCAACUUUCCCUCCGGUUUUUCCUGCAUUGCCACCGAGUAAUAAUAAAUCACGGGCACCCAGCAUAUCUGGCAUCCUGCCCAACCUUUUACUAUCUGUUUUACCACCGGUCAUACCGCGUGCCAGUUGGCCCUCCGCUGAAUACAUGCAACUUUCUAUGCGUCGUUCUAUUGCGUUCGCCUCGCAGCCACAGCUGGAAGAACGUAAGAGCGCUGCGACCUGUCUGGCCGAACAAGACCUAUACAAUCUACGCAUUGCCCACCGACAAGCGACGGAAACCAAAACAGGACUAAUCAAUCGCCUACGUGGGAUAUUUUCACGUACAGCCUCAAGUAACAAAGGUUCCAGUUGUAGCCUUGGCGAGCAAAAGAGUUUGCGUGCUGCAUUUAAGUCACAUAUGGGACUCUUUACGCGUCACGUUCCCACCACGCAAGCAGCCUCUUGUAAUGCCAUCUACAAUCAGACAAACCGUAAUGAUGAAGGUUCGAACGGGUCUAAUGAAGCGCCGCUCAAAGCAAUGAAGCGAUUGUCAUUUGCUAAGAGCGGUACACAUUUGGAUGUUGCUACGCCCGACCCCAAUUUUCUGCAAAUACCAUCAAUAUCGGCAGAAACACCAGAAGAGCCCACCCACAUGGGUUUGAUACUGCCACUCGACGAAAGCGAAUUGGAACGCAUCGGUGUAGCGCGUUAUACCAAAGUACACGAGACUAAAGUGAAUUUCCAACUGCCUGCUAAUCGGCGACCGUCCAUUCUAGAACCACAACCCUCUAUGCGUGAGCGAGUGCGUUGCUCUCCACGUUUUCCUCAUCGCGUGGUGCCCACCAGCAGUCUGGGCGCAUUGGAGGAGGCUGAUGAUCGCAGUAGCAUAGCGUUGCAGGAACGUAUACCAUUGGGGCGUGCGACUGGUGCCGGAACUUGGAAAUCUAUGGAAGUCACUACUGAAUCAAAGUUAUCACUCAGUGUGACACCAAGCGAUAAAAGUAGUACACCGACAUCGGGCGAAGUCGAGGAUAUAAUCGAAAUUGAAAUUACAAAACCCAUGGAUUAGCAUAACUAGCAGAUGAAACGCUUAGUUUAAUUAUUUUAUAUUUGGUAGCCUCAUUUUUUAACCAGAUAACCACCCUACUGGUUAAGAAUGCAAUGAAAGAGGUGAGCAUUCUAAAGUAGUGUAGGAAAUAAAACUCCGAACAGUCGUCAAUUACCCAUUUGAGGUAAAAUAGUUAUUGCUGUUUCAGUUUGUAGUAAAAAAUGCCCGUUAACAAUUGACGUUAUUCCAAAUUUUCUACCUGAUACUUUUACACAGACAAUCCUUUAGAAUCUACACUUGUAAAUAACUAGAUAAGUAGUAAGAAAAUAUCAUUUUAAUGAACUCUAGAAACUAUUUCUAAGUAGCGACCCUUUAAUGAUAAAAAAAUAUUUAAGAAAGUUUAAGAACUCAACAGCGCCAGUUAACUGUAAAUUAGGUAGGAAAAAAUUACAAGUUGUAUAUUGAGUAUGGAAACUCAAAAAGAUCAAAUUUAGUCAAAAUCCUGAGUUCUAGUAUAAAUAUAUAUUCUUUGAAACUCUGGAAAUGCAAAUUAUAGGAAAUUAUAUAUAAGACUUCAAUUUGAAGUGCACUAUUACCAAUAUCAUUCUGAGCAAUCGAAUAAAUUCAUAAAUGUGAUGUACAAGUAUCUCUUUUCGAACCCCUAGGUAUAAAAACUUUCCCUCCAUAUUUACGAAUGCUAGUAUAAGCAAUAUACUAAACAUUAGCAUUGGAAGGAUGCUCAUGGUUUACAUAGAUUAACCUAUUUGUGUAAGAAUAGAAGUACCAAAACAAUCUUAGCUAUAUUUGUCAAAUUAUAUAUAAAUUUCUGUAGUAAUACUUAGGAAUAAGUAGACCCUUAAAUUUGCAAUAUUUUACACCAUUAAGGGCUUUAUGAGCCAACUACGGUAUGAGGAAGCAAUAUUUAAUGAAAAGUAAAAAUAGGUGAUUUAAUAUUUAUAAGAACACAUAUAAAUUGCUCAAUCGGAUUUGAAUAUAUACUACAGUUAGUGAAAUAUUAAAUCUUUGAUGUAAAAACUGGAACACACAAUUUAAAAAAUGUAGAGGAAAGCAAAAAUGCGAAUUUCAAACGAAAUAUUUUAUGGUCUCAAUGUACAAUUUAGGAUUACUAUAUACACCUUUAAUGUAUACACCAUCACCUUUAUAAAGCAAUAAGUUAAGAAAUAAAUUAAAGCAAGUCACUCAAUGUACAAA